AUGGGUAAAGGUAGUAAAAAUUGGGACCCUCCUACGAUCGUCGAUGAUCAACAACAUGAUUCAUCUAUGGUGACAACAGCAAAUCCUAUUUUGAAUACUAAUGAAAAUAGAAUAAGACAAUUUACAUGGGAAGAAAUUCGUUGUCAUUCAACUAAUAAAGAUCGAUGGUUUGUAAUUGAUAAUCGAGUUUAUGAUGUCACUAAAUGGUUGAAACAUCCAGGUGGACAAAUGGUUCUUAAACAUUAUGCUGGACAAGAUGCUAGUGAAGCAUUUCAUUCUCUUCAUCCUGACAUAUCUCGUGCUGAAAAAUAUCUCAAAACAUUUUAUAUUGGUGAUGUAAGCAAAGAUAGUGUUAAUGAAGAUAAAGCAUUAAAAGAUGAUUUUGAAAAAUUAAGACAAAAGGCUUUUUCGAAAAAACUUUUUCAACCAAGUGUUUUAUAUUUCUUUCUAACAUGUUUACAUAUAUUAGCUUGUGAAUUUGCUGCUUAUUUUGUUAUAUUUCGAUUUGGUACAAGUUGGUUACCAUAUUUAAUUACACUUGUUUUAUAUGUUAUUGCUGAAGCACAAUGUGGUUGGGUUCAACAUGAUUUUGGACAUUUAUCUGUAUUUAAAAAAAGUUCAUGGAAUCAUUUAUUACAUCAAUUUUAUGUUGGUUUUACAAAGGGAGCAAGUGCUGAUUGGUGGAAUAAUAUGCAUUUUCAACAUCAUUCAAAACCAAAUGUUAUGGAUAAAGAUCCUGAUACACGUGUCGAACCAAUAUUUGUACUUGGUGAAACAAUUCCAAUAAGAGCUGCUCAUAAAAAUGCUAAAUAUGGAAAAAAUUUACCAUAUGAUCUUCAAUAUUUAUAUUUCUUUAUUGCUGCACCACUUUUAUUUCCUGUCUAUUUUCAAUUUAUGACAAUAAAACAUGCAAUUAAACGAAAAAAAUGGAUGGAUCUUGCAUGGUUAACAUUGUAUUAUGUUAAAUAUUUUUCAAUAAUGCCAUUAAAACUUGGUUUAAUUGGUGCAUUGAAAUUACAUUUUCUAAUUCGAUUAUUUGAGGGUACUUGGUUCGGUAUGUUUAAUUUUGUCUUUCAUCUUGUUUUUUUUUUUCUCAUUUUAUUUUUUUCAAUAUUUAUGUAUGUUAAUGUAGUGGUUGUUACACAAUCAAAUCAUGUCGUUAUGGAUAUAUCACCUGAUGAUGACAAAUUAUGUUGGUUUCGAAUGCAAUUAAAAGCAACAUGUAAUAUUGAAAAAUCAUUUUUCAAUGAUUGGUUUACUGGUCAUUUAAAUUUUCAAAUUGAACAUCAUUUAUUUCCUAUGAUGCCUCGUCAUAAUCUUUAUAAAAUCCAACCGGAUGUGAUUGAAUUAUGUCAGAAAUAUAAUAUUCCUUAUAUUGUUAAACCUAUGGGACGAGCAUUUAUUGAUAUAUUAACUUCAUUGGAAAAAUCUGGUCGAAUGUGGCGUGAAACUUAUGAAGAAUUAAUGAAUGCGUCGUCUAGUCCAAUCAAAUCAAAUACAUGA